AUGGCCCUAAACAAACUUCUUGGACGUGAAGUUUACACCAGCAACAGUCAAUUGGGCGGUGUUCAAGUCAUGGCCAACAAUGGUGUUUCUCAUCUCGUCGCUUCUGAUGAACUGCUCGCUCUACAACAGACUCUUGAAUGGUUGAGCUACGUGCCAGCUCGGAAAGGCCUCCCGGUUCCCGUGCUUUAUCGGCCUGUUCCAGUGCGUCGACCAGCCGGUUGGACCGAUCCAAAUGAUUACGUGGUGAUCAGUGCUGGUAGCAAUCCCGGUUCAUGUGCAUCCGGAGGAACGAAAGAUUCAACCGAACAGUUGCCGUUCGAUCCAAUCGAUCGUUUAAUUGAUUAUGCACCUAGCCGCGAUCGACCAAAUGACGACCCUCGUUGGUUGUUUACUGGAGUCCUAGCUUCUCAGCUGAACCAGUCCAACGAUCUACCUCCCAAGAAUGCAUCAUCUACCUCAUCCACUCCUACUGCUCGUUCAUUUCACGGGAAUUACACACCUGAGAGCCAGGCGAGAGCUGGUGAUCAUUGGCUCUCAGGUUUCUUCGAUUGGGGCACUUGGCGAGAAACCCUGACUACUUGGGCUGCUGGCGUUGUGGUUGGACGUGCACGGUUAGGCGGGAUCCCAUGUGGGGCGAUCACCGCGGAGACGAGGUCAGUAACUUGUCGAGUUCCGGCGGACCCGGCAAAUCUUUCCACGGAAGCCCAAGUGGUCAAUCAGGCUGGUCAAGUGUGGUACCCGGAUUCUGCCUACAAAACUGCCCAAGCGAUUGCAGAUUUUGCCCGGGAACGAAUUCCUCUGUUCAUUUUUGCUAGUUGGCGCGGUUUUUCUGGAGGAAUGAAAGACAUGUACGAUCAGGUUCUAAAAUUUGGAUCUAUGAUCAUUGAUGCUCUACGUCGCUAUCCGGAGCCGGUGUUUGUCUAUCUGCCCCCACAAUCACAACUUCGCGGCGGUGCCUGGGUCGUAGUCGAUCCGGCUAUAAAUCCAGAUCGAAUGGAAAUGUAUGCUGAUCCCAUUGCCUGCCGUGCCGGUGUGCUCGAGCCGGAGGGUACAGUAGAGAUCAAGUAUCGCAAGCCGGAUCUUAUACAGACAAUGCGUCGGUUGGAUGAACAGUGUCUUCGUCUGCUGACGGAAAUCGAUCAACUUCAAACUGGGUGUCCAGUGCCAUCAAAUCAGAUCAAUUCAGACUCCACGUUGUCAGUGAAGGAACGUGUACGCCAGUUACAAAUGGCUCUUGAGGCUCGCCAAAAAGAGCUGAGACCGUAUUAUCAUCAGGUUGCGUGCACAUUCGCUGACCUUCAUGACACCCCUGGUCGGCUGCAAACACGUGGGCUAGUCCACGGACUGGUUGCUUGGUCCGAGAGUCGUUCAUUCUUUUAUGCACGCCUUCGCCGACGGCUGUUGGAGAUGCAUGCUAUUCGACUCAUGGACACGGUCUGUCUAAACCCCGCAAAUGAUGUGUUGAUGAUUGGGAAAGAGUUGUCGGAACAUCUGUCUCGGCUGAGCCGUGUCAGAUGUCACGGUCGUGUUCGCACGAUCAGUGAACUGGCGACAGUGGAAGAACUAUCGCAGAAGGCGGGCAAUGCUACAGCUGACCGGACGAAACCAGGCAAGUCAUACGACACUAUUGCAGUACCGGACUGCCCUCUUCAACUGGAUCCGCUGUUCAUUUGGAAGAACACGAACGCCGUGGGUCCGGUGAUUCAACGAACUACCCAUCAGCUGAAGAAAUCGCACGAGGUGUACCAAAAGUUGAUUAUAAACGUCCUUUUGUAUUUUCUCUGCACUUCUUUUCCCAAAGGUGUUGAAUACAGCUCGCAAUUCGCUCGUGGACUGGCCAUCCUUCAGCAGUGGUUUCUACAGGCUCAUACUUCCAGUGAAUUGACACGCACCACUGAUACCGUUAAUAGUUCUGUGCACAACACCAAGACCCCUGGGGACCAUGGGAUUAACAACACAGGCAGUAAGAAAGGUCGUAAAUCUGCUCGUUCUCGGUCGCAAAGAUCCACAUCGAGCAACCUGGCCGACGAGAAUGCUAAGCAACCGGAUUCGAUGACGAGGACAUCCUCAACGAUGGAACCCGAGGCUGCAGAACGUGCCUGGUCCGAUGAUCAUUUAGGUGUAGGUGCGUGGUUGGCCCAACAAUUAGGCUGCAAACAGUUCUGCUACGUACCCAAACUGGCCAAUCUUGUACCGAACGUCGGCAAACCUAACCCGGAAAGCCCCGGUUCAUUAGUGGAUGGUUUAGAUGAAAUCGCGGUUUCUGAUCCACCUGAAAAAUCCCCGGUGACCUUUUUGGGCUCUCAAAUCGAGGCCUUGAAACGAAGGCAUAUGUUUGAACGUAUUCAGAGCACACUCUCUGCAUCCAGUGAUAUGACCAAGGAGUUAGCCAGUGUGCUUCAUCAACUUCUAUCUCCAACCGAUUGCGCUCACUUGGUCCAACUUUUGUCAGUUCCCAAGGACCACGAAACCGGUUAG